AGCGCCGCGCCCAGCAGCCCCGUGCGUCCCGGAGCGCUUGGGCGCUGCGCCCCCGUCCGCCGGGUCCCUGCGCCCCCGGGAGCGCACCAGCGUCGGGCGCCCCUCGGCCCCGGAUCUCCCCGGUCCCCGCAUCCCCAGAUCCCGCCCCAGGAUCGCGCCGCCUCCCCCGGGCACCACCGGCGCCUUCCAUCGCUCCAGCCGGCCCCGAGCCCAGCUUUUAGGGCUGGUUGGCGGGUGCCGCGGUGUCGAGCGACUGCCCUGCGCACGGAUCUAGCCCCAGGCUGGGAGGGAGAACAGGCCGGCACCACCCACCACACGCCUGCCACAAGAUGCUGCUCCUGCUGCUGAGCGUGGUGCUAAUUCCAGCUCCUGGCUCUGGGGCGCUGGGACUCAACAGCACGACAGGCUGUGAGAUCAUCCACCCGCCGCGGGACGGGGGGAUCCGGUACCGGGGCCUCACCCCGGACCAGGUGCAGACAGUGCACUUCCUGCCCUUCGACUAUGAGAUCGAGUAUGUGUGCCGGCCCGACCGCGAGAUCGUGGGGCCCAAGGUGCGCAAGUGUCUGCCCAACGGGACCUGGACUGAGAUGGGCCAUGCCAGCCGCUGCCUGCGGACCUGUCCCAAGAUACACCUGAGUUUGGAGAAUGGGCAGGCGGUGCCGCGCGGCAUGGAGCGGGUGCCCGUGGAGGGCACCUGGGUGGAAUAUCACUGCAACCCCGGCUUCCGCCUGGUGGGUAGCGCCCGCAGCAAUUGUACCAAGGUGGGGCGCUGGAGCUUCCCCAAACCUAUCUGCGAACUGCGACGCCCGAUCUCCACAGGUGAGUGGCUCUCGGGAGGUCCCCUCCCUCCGUCUUCCCACCCCCCCGGGGCGAGUGCUGAGCUCUGCCCAUUCUCAGCAGUGCCCUUCAGCCCCAUGGGCAGCUCCUCUGCUGCCCAUGCCAGGCACCCUGGGGAUUUGAGCCUGGCACGGGUCACUCCGGGGCAUUUACCCUCCUUGGUUCCCCCAGCUAGCCACAGAACCAGGGGCUGGGUCCCCCACCUCCCGGCGCCCCAGAGAGAUCGGUGACUCCCUCAGGUUCCAGAGCCAACUGGCUCCUCCCCCUGUGCUCUCUCCCCUUAUGCGCUUGUUGUGUGGGCACGGGGUGGACUCCUGGGGCCGUCCUGUAGCCAGUACCACGCUGCUGGGUUGGGGGAGGAUGAGCCCCACGUUCCCUUCCCCCACCCUGUCCUAACGGCCCAGCCAGCCGACCCACCAGAGCGAUGCUGAGCCUCUGUCCCAGAGUCUGGCAGCCAGCUCGAGGGCAUCAGCCACUGCGCUGGGGCUCAAGACGCCUUGGUUCCAUUUUCAGCCGUGCUACAGGCUCCCCACAUGAGAGAAAGUGACUUCCCCUGCCCGUACUUCAGUUUCCCCAUCUGUAAAUGGGCUCUACCAGGGCAGGGAAUGACUCCAAGUGCAUCGCGGAGCACAACAAGACCCUGAUCUCAGUCACUACAUGUCUGGGAAGCACCUGGCACGACAGGGCCCCAACCUCAGGAUGUUCAUUUGCCUUUUAUCCGGGUCACUCCGAAUGCCCCUUGCGGUGGGGGAGGUUCUCCUGCAGACCCUGCAUGUCCUGACUUGCACCAGCCCUCUGGGGAUGGGCAGUGAAGUCCAGGAACUGGGAGAUAGAAACCAUGGUGCCAAUCUUUGCCACGGGGCCUGGCUACGGCUAGCUUCAGCCCCGUCUGUGUAUGGCAGACGUCCACAUAUGGGACAGGCUGGUGAGGGGCCUGGCAUCUACCCCCCCCACACACACACACAUUGCUGCCUGGGUGAGGACAGGUGAAGCUGGGCAAAGGCUGAAUUCCUAUCUAUCUAUCUAUCUAUCUAUCUAUCUAUCUAUCUAUCUAUCUAUCUAUCCCCAUAUACCCUAUCUCUCUCUUUCUCUCUCUCUCUAUUUCCUUAUUCUAUUUCCUUAUUCAUAUCCCUGUUAUCUGCAUCCUGUCGCCCACCGACAUCCCUCCAUCCCAUCCCGUUAUCCUUUCAUCCAUCCAUCCACCCAUCCCUCACUCUGUUUCUUGCUGUCUAUCCAUCUGUCAAUUUAUCUGUCCACCUGUCGGUCCAUCCCCGUGUCUCUAGCCACCUGCUCAUCCCUGCAUCCAUCCAGCCUUCCAGUCAUCUCUUGACCCAUCCAUUUCCCUAGCUGUCCAUCCCUCUACCUGUUCACCCAUUCAUUCUCCUGUCUCCAUUCAUCCAUAUUUCUUUAUCCAUCCCUCGCAUCCAUCUAGCCGUCUCUCUCCAUCCAUUUUUCUAGCAUCGAUCCACCCUCCCAUCCAUCUCGCUCUCUCCCCCUAUCCAUUUCUCUAGCUAGCUAUUCCUCUCUCUGUCUAGCCACCCACCUGUCCUCUGGUCCAGCUGAGGCUGCAGGAAGAAGGGUGGGUGAAGCCUGGGUGGAGAGCGCCCCCUGCUGCUCCAAGGGGCCAUGGCCCCUACGCCCCUGGGAGACGGGUAGAGCCCAGCAUUCUGCCAUGUGCAUGCCCCCUGCCCCUUGCCUGCUCCCCAGGGGAGCUUCCCUCACCCAUACCUAGGGAGCACCUGCCAUGUGUCUUUGGGGGACACCCCACCCCAAGUUCUGCCUCCUGCCAAGCAUCCCCCCGCUGGGGUCCAUCUGAGCGCAGCCGUGGGUUGUUACCUGGGCUAAGAGUGGGAGGGGGAGGGUGCUGCUCUUAGAGCAUGUUGAUUUAGAGGGGUGUCCCCACACUGUCCCUCCCCCCCUCCAUGCGGGGAUCCCACAGGGUCUGUGGCCCCACUGGGUGUUAAUGCAGCCAAAUGCCAGCGCAUGGUGGGAGGGAACCUCUGCCCUGCCCCUCCACACAGCCCCCUUCCCCACUGCUCCCUCACCAACUCCCUCCCUGCCUCUGCCCCACAACCCCCCACCAACUGCUUCCUCCACUCCUCCCCUCACAACACCGCCUCUCCCACCAACCCCCCUGCCCCACUCCUACUCUGUUGCUUUUCACCACAUACCCAUCCUACCAUCCUUCACUUUCUCCCCUCCCUUCCCACCCCUGCAUCUUUCCC